AUCAUGGGCCAGUUCUUAUCCCAGCCACUCACAGACAAAACAGUCCAAUACGAAGAACUGGACAAGUUCUCCUACUGCCUGGGCUCAAUGCAAGGCUAUAGGCUCACUCAAGAAGAUGCCCAUUCAAUAACCCAUUAUCCAAAUGUCAACUUUAUAGAUGUCCAUAAUAAUCAAUCUCAAAUGGAUAUGAAAAUAUAUGGCGUGUUCGAUGGUCAUGGUGGAUCUCAAUCUUCAAACUAUCUAAGUGAACAUUUACCAAAUUCAAUAUAUGAGGAAUUCAAUAAUAACAAUAAUUCCAAAAUAAGGCAAAUUAUGACAAAUCAAGGUUUAAUCAUUUCAAAAUUCAAAGAUUCAUUCUUAAAAACUGAUUAUAAUCUAUAUAAACAUUAUCAACAUCGUCAUCAUCAUUCAAAUUCAGGUUCAACUGCAAUCUUGGGGAUAAUACUAAACAAUAAUGAACUAUACACUUUAAACACUGGAGAUUCAAGAUUAAUAACAUCUAUAAAUGGUGUCCCGAAAAAUUUAUCAUUCGAUCAUAAACCUAAUCAUAUCGGUGAACUAAUCAGAAUCAAUGACGCUGGUGGUUCUGUUUCAUAUAAUAGAGUUGGUGGUGUAUUGGCAUUAUCAAGAGCAUUUGGAGAUUUUAAUUUUAAAUUGAGAAAUUUUAGAAGUUUUAAUGAUGGCAACAAUAAAUUAGUUAGUGAAGAGACUCAAGUCACUGUGGAGCCUGAAAUAAUCCAUCACAAGAUUUCUAUAAAUGAUGAAUUUAUAAUAAUUGCAUGUGAUGGAAUAUGGGAUGUUUUCACUAAUCAAGAUUUAAUCAAAUAUAUUAGAAAUAAAUUGGUUUUAGGCGCAAAAUUAGAUGAAAUAGUGGCCAAUUUAUUAGAUCAUACAUUAACACUGGCAAAUCAAACCACUGGGGUAGGGUUUGAUAACAUGAGCAUUAUAAUAAUAGCAUGUCAAUAUGACCAAGAAUCAUUGGAACAAUGGUACCAACGGAUGAAGCUUAAAAUUGAGAUUGAGAAGCAAAUAAUAUAGUGGGAAUGAGUUUGGAAUUCCAUGUCAUACAAGUCCUUCGUU